CGGCGGCCGAGGACAGGAGCCAGGGAGCAGUCUGUCGGAUGCGUGGCCUCAGGCGCGUUUGGCCUGCUGCAGAGCAAACUCUCUGACGUUGCAGCUAUUGAAUUCUACGAAACCUUGACGAACGCCCAGCCCUCAGUGAAGGGCAGUGCGUUUCGCUUCAUCAAACCUCGACUCUGAGUUUCCGCCCGCUCCCGUCCUCUGUCAGAUCCGGCAGGCCAGCCGGACCUGCAUCUGACUCUUCAGCGCACAGUGUGGCAUUUGAUACCAGCCUGCCCGCCAAGCCGCUCACCUGGCCGUCUUCACGUCGUCUGUCCUGACCGCUCCAGGUUUGUGUGCCCACGCAAGCCCCGCCCGCCGCAGCCAGGAUCAUGGGCGCUGUCGAACAUCUUCGGCUGCACCAUCCUGGCUCCAGCACAAACCUCUGCCUCGGAAGUUGGAACCACGCUGCUAUUGAUCCCCUGGACGGGCUGCUGCGUGUUCACCGUGCCUACGAGACCUCGUACAAGUCCGUCACUUUGUUUUGCCAGGCGGACGCUGUGUGUCGCCAAGUCCCAGUUCUUUUGCGCCAUCAUCCAGGGGCUGUCAGUACAUGUAGCGUUGCCAUCGCGUCACGACUAGACCCCAAUGAGCUUCAGGGCACGCUUCCGUCCAAUCCGGGUCGAACCCGGCUCCUCGCCGCCAUCAAUGCCGGACCCGGAAACUCGACAACGCGGCUUUGCUCAGCGAGUACCGCGUUGCAAGUGUCUGCUGGCGACUCCAUCAUGACGUUGAUCCAGCGUCUUGAAAACCCUUGCAUGAACAACACACAGCCUCCCGUCUUACCGUCCACCCACAUCGGACCGCAAGUCGCAGUGCUGGGUUGUCAUAGGACCCAUGAGUACACGAUGAAAGCCACGAACGCCAUCAUGCUGGGUGCAGCCCCAACUGGCCUCGACGCUGCACCACACCCGGCUUCCCAAACAUACAUUCUUGCGCCCCGCCAGGCGCUUGACGGCCUCAUCACUAGCCCUAUUGUAAAGAUCUGGCCGCGUCGAGACUAUUGCGCGCUAACAUCAAAAACGACUAUCAAACAGCAGUCUGAUGUACCUCCUGUCGGUCUACAUGCUGCUCGAAUCUUGUGGUUGUGCCACACGGAGGACCGCCCUACGCAGUCAUCAUAUUGGUCACCGCCUCGACUUCUCAGUGAUACAAUCGGUCAGGUCAGGUGGAUUGACCUGAAUCUUUCGGAGAACCCGGUGUCGGACAGCGCCAAAUAG